AUGACGGAUACAAAAAACACCAAAUCAGAAGCUCAAUGGUGGAAAGCAUUCCCAGAAGCAAAAUCAAAAUGCCCAGAAGUCACGGCUGAUGAUGUGAUGAAGUUGAUUGAUGAUAUGGAUAUUACUUCUGAGCCAAGAUCUUUCUUGUUGGUGGAUGUUAGGAGGGAUGAUUGGGUGGGCGGAACUAUCAAAACUUCACUUAAUCUUCCGGCUCAAAGUUUCUAUCAAUCCCGAUCAUCGUCAGGUAGAGGACCAAGAUGUGCAGGCUGGAUGCAGGAUUAUAUUGAUGAUGUAGCGAAGUUUGGGAAGAAGAGUAAUAUUGAUGUUUCGGUUUUGAAGGGUGGAAUUAAGGGGUGGGUGAAGGAGUUUGAGGGCAUGUUUAUGGAUGGGUUUGAGGAGGGGAAGUGGGAGGAGCUUAAGUAG